CUCAUUCAGCAUCAUAUCGUUAUACAGACAGCAGAUAAUACUCAUAACUCUGUUUACUGGAUAUGAUUUCUAUGUGGAUGAUCUACUACAUGAUGACGAAAGCUACCUUGAUGGACAGAGAAGCAGAUGGAAAAAAACUGAGCGAAGGCUGCAGCACAACUAAGAAUCAAAACUCCUUCACUGUCACCAUGGAAACCAGUGAACAAUCGGUGCUGCCAAUGGACUGUGAAGAGGAGGUUGCUGUGGCUAAUUCACCUGAGCCGGGGAAGGAUUUCAGUGCAGAUGAAGAGCAAGUUUGUGAGGCACGCUCAGCAGAUUCCUCUGAGGAGAAAGUGAUGCUCGGUACAACAUUAACCGACCAACUGGUCCUGCACUGCACUGACACGCCCGCUCAGGAUCAAAGGGAAGUUUUAAUAGAGCUCAACAGAAAUGAGUCGAUCACUUCAUCGGUCUCUGACACGCUCUCCAGCGCUGACAGUGUUUAUGAGAAUGAGGCCCAUCGGAAGACACAGGAAACACCAGAACAAGACCCUGAGACCCAACACAGUCUUAGGCCAGAGCCAGAACCUGAGCAAUAUACAGAGGCAGAACAAAACCCUGAACCAGAGCAAAACCCUGAACCAGAGCAAUACCCUGAGCCUAAGGAUUUCCUUGAAAUGGAGGAAUAUCCAGAACCAGAGUUAUACCCUGAGCCAGAUCAAGAUCCUGAGCUUGAGUUAUACCCUGAGCCAGAACAAGAUCCUGAGCUUGAGUUAUACCCUGAGCCAGAUCAAGAUCCUGAGCUUGAGUUAUACCCUGAGCCAGAUCAAGAUCCUGAGCUUGAGUUAUACCCUGAGCCAGAACAAGAUCCUGACCUUGAGUUAUACCCUGAACCAGAACAAGAUCCUGAUCUGGAGUUAUUCCCAGAGCCAGAUCAAGAUCCUGAGCUUGAGUUAUUCCCAGAGCCAGAUCAAGAUCCCGAGCUUGAGUUAUACCCUGAGCCAGAGCAAGACCCUGACCUAGAUUUAUACCCUGAUCCAGACCCUGAGGUUGAGGAUGAUUUUAAUGAUGGAUAUACAAAUCCAAAUCCAAAAAUUCCAUUUGAGAUACCCAUCACAGAAGAAUCAAUACUGGAACACUGCAUUAGAGAAGAGGCCAUGUCAGAUGCAUCCAAUGAAUCCUGCCAUGACCUUGAUCCUGAUGAAAUAGAUGAAUGUCUCAGAGUUGAAAUCGCUGCCGCUUCCUCAGACAGUGAGACAGAUGAGAAAUGGCGAACCAUAUUCUCCUCUUCUAUAAAUAAGGAAGACGAUGAUUCAUAUUUGGACAGUCUUCAGCUGAGUGCCCAGGAGCUCUUUGUGCAGAAAGUUGAGUCGACAGACUUUGAGGAACCAGACGCUGAUGCAGAAGAGGCUUUGUUAGAUGUUCCACAAACAGAGGAAGUACUGGAACAACCUGACGAUACUAUUUACUCCCCUGCCCCGACACAAGAGGUCAAAUAUAACCUCUUAGGCCUCCAAGGUUUGUCCAAGAUCUCCGAAGAUGAGAGUGAAAAUAGUAGAGACGCCAAUCAUAACCACACCGUCCACGAAGAGCAAAUCAAUGCAGACCAAAGCAAGAAGCUACCAAAAGACUUCUGUGUCAUACAGGAGACGAAGAGCGAGAACGUCAGCACGGAGCAUGUAGACUUCCAGCUAGCUCGUAAACAGUGGCGGGAAAUGGAGGAGCAAACCCGGAACAGGGUUGUGUUACCGACAACCAAGCAGCCCAGUCUCCACAGCAGCCACAGCUUCAUGUACACACCCGUCCGUCACAUUGAAAGAAUCCACAAGAAAUCACAUGAACUGGAAAACUUGAAUCUGGUUGGGGAUUAUCCUCACACCCAAUUCAGCCCUUGCUCAGAGGAUUCUGGUCUGGAUGAUUCCAGCUACAGGUCUCCUUAUGAUGACCCAGAAACCCCAAUUGAAAGAGAGAUUCGCUUAUCGAUGGAGAGAGAGGAAAACUUCCGGAGAGAGCGGGGUUUCUCCAGGAUGGGCAAGUCAACCGAUUGUGCUCCAUCAAGAGGAAUCCCCAGAUCCAUCAGCACUCCACUCACGCCCUCCUUCAUCAUCUCCUCCUCACCCACGAAGGAACCGCUGAAACAUGAAGUGUCAGCAAACAAUGUCAUUAUCCUUGAACCCAACAACGAUUUCACCUCCAGCCCCAGACAUGGAAAAGACAACAUGGCGGCCCGCUCUGGUGAGUGGCGUUCCGAGGACAACAGUUCCAAUCUCAUCAUCCUGGAGACGUCUAAUCUGAUUAUCCGCAGUGCCUCAGAUUUCUCCAUCAACAAAACAUACGAACAGCCCCAGGAGAAAAUGUUCCUGAACAACCCCUUCUUCAAGCUGCGCUCAAGAAGCACCAUGUCACUGGUGGAUGAAGAGAUUAAGAUGGUGAAGCAGAGGGAGGAAGAGCUGAAGAAAGAGAGAGCCACCCUGUACGGGGAAGACAGGUUCGACGCAGACAGACUGUUGUCAGGUCACAUGGACAGUUUGGCUUUUGACACUUCAGAUAAGUGCAAGUCCUCGCCAUCGUCGCCAAUGAAAACAAGCCACAGGAUGGAUCGCUCUGCUUUGUCCUGUGAUCACAGAUUUCCAGAGGUCUACACAGCAGGAAGACGUAAGAGUGCCAUGGCUCUGCGCUGGGAGGCGGGCGAGUUUACAAAGAACGACUGAAGAGGAACAGGAAGUCAACAGUUUGCCAUAUUAGGGCGUUUAAUGUCAGUGUUGUUCUCAUUCAAUUUAAAUUAAGUAUUGCGAUUGUUUGUUUCAUGUUGUGACAUAACAAACUGCUUCUGUGAUGCUUUCGGCAAGAAAAAUAAUGUCUGUGGCCACAUGUGGACAGUUCAGAAGAACUGACUGUAACAUUGACAGGGGUAACUCUGACUGUAACAUUGACAGGGGUAACUCUGACUGUAACAUUGACAGGGGUAACUCUUGAUACUGUUUCCACACUUGUCUUUAUUAUGUCAAAAACAACAUUCAUAUCUGCAAGGCUGCUGGUUUCAGCUGUUAUUAGGCUACAGUGUCUACUAUAUGUAGUUGUAGUGUUUAUUAUAAGAUUGAUUGAAACCGUGCCAACACACACUAAACUCCAUUCUUAACCCCGGUAAAUGAAAAGGGUGUCAAUCCUAUAAUUAGUUACAAUCUACAGAAAGACCAACAAGGCCGUGUUAUCACCUGAUGUAUCAUGCAAUAAUAUUCAAUGCUGUCCUUACAGGUGGAUCAUCUGCUGCCUUGUUGUCGAGCAGAAACUGAACCCGCCUGUGUGCUCUGCUUCCCGAUUGGGCCUUUACUAUUACAACAUAAAUACAGUAAUCACAUGUCACUGAAAGUGUUGUUGAUGACUAUAAUCAAGGUGUCGUGCAGUUAAAAAUAAUAUCACACUUUGACUGAGUGAAUGAGACAAAUCAGUCGACCACAGUGACGACGUAUCCUGAUACAAACUGUGUCGAGAUGCAGUUUCAUGUUGAUUAUUCUUUAAUGCCAGAGAGAUUGCAUCAUAACAACUAUUUGGAGUUAGAACUCUAAAUAACUGGGUUGGCGUCUCGUUUGGUCAGCGGAAAGAAAAAAUUAAAAAACCAUCAGUGUAUAGACACGCCCCCUGACAGGAAACAAUGCAGUUCAUCCCAUAGACGUGUACAGUAGACAUGUCUGUUUUCAUCAUAAGAGUGAAGAGGGUGGAUAGAUGUUGUGUGAUCCCGGGUAAGGAGAGACUAAACUAUGGUCCUGGAUCAUCAGUGUCAUGUAAAUAAUGGAUGUGUUAACGUUGCCGUGCAGACUUGUACGUCAGUGAGACUGAGUCCAUUACUAACCCGAGAGUUCACAACAAAAUCCAUCGCUUGUGUUUGUUCCCGUCUCUCUCGUCUUCUAUCGCUCAUAGCAGUGAUUCCCCGCCUCCAUCUCGCUCAUCUGGAUUGAGCAUGCGCGUUAAAGCAUGCACGCUGUAUCCAUUUAUUUAUUUAGAUAUUUAUUUAUUUAUUUAUUUAAUUCAUUUAAUUAAUAAACCUAUUCAAACAAGUAAGAAACCACAGAAUGACGAAAAUCAAAUGAGCAUAAAGUGAAUAAACAACAAAGACAGCGACCGUGAACGCCAGCACUCGAGAGAGAGGGGUGUGGUUAUGACAUCAUUGUCAGUGUAGUGUAUUGUGUACCGUUUCUGUGUGGCUGAAUCUAAAAUGCAGAUUCCAUACAACACUUUAGUGGAUUUAAAACCAGGUCUGAACCGCUGAGUAAUGGUUUUGGCUGUGUCAUGUGACCAUGUCACCUUUAACUGGAAGGUUCGAUCCCCAGUUCCUGUCGUCUACAUGUCAGUGUGAAUUGCUUGUAGCUCCCGUGCUAGUUAUGAAUGGGUUUGAAUGAUGUGAUGGAAAAAAUGUUGUGUGUGACUAUUGCAUUUAAAAAGAAGUUGAUCUUACCUGCUGUCUUACAGUAAAGUCAAAAGUGCUUGGAAGACAGAAGACGUUGUUGCUGCUGCGUGUUGGACACAUACAUAUAUAUAUAUAUACAUAUAUAUACAUAUAUAUAUAUAUAUAUAUAUAGAUAUUUUGAAGUCUUUGCUCAACUUUUCUGGACUUUGUAACUGUUUUUAAAUGAGAUUUAAAAACAUAUUUUGAUGUUAUUGUCUUGAUGAAGUAGACGCUACAUUGCUCAGUGUGUAUUGCAUUUCCGUACGUUGCUUUUUUCUGCCGUCAUUCAUGUUUCAGGGUGAGCAAUAAUAGCAAAGCUGUCCCAGCACAGAGAGGCGAUGAAAUGAAUGCAUCCGCGCAAUAUACGAAACACGCGAUCCACAGAUCGUCACUGUUGUUUUAAUGAGGAAACAUUUAAAUAUGCAUUUAAGAAUCAUUUGAGUUGUCUCCAUGUGAUUCCUUACAACCGGUGGUCAGACAAUCCAAUAAGAACAGCGCUGCCUCAGACGACAUAGAAUGUCCUUCAUCUUAAAUGUCAUGUCAGUGCUGAGGAAAUGACACAUACAAAUCAGAUGACAAUAGAUUUUAUUCUUUAUAUAAAAGCCCUAUAAAAGGAUGUUUACUUAUAUAGAGUGAGACUAGAGUGUGUAUAUACUUGUACAUGUGCAAUCAUAUUCUAACACUACUGUCAGAUUCAGCAAUUAUUCCAUUCUCAUGAUGUGACAGGACGUGUAGGAUUCAUCUCUGUAGUUCACGCUGAGAUGAAUUCUGCAAUCACAUGUUUUCUUAAAUAAAAACAGAUUUUAAAAAGGCAAUAUUUCAUAAAAUUCACAAAGCCUUGAUAUUUGCGGUGACUCUCAAAAGCAGCUUUCAUGAUCUCGAUGCGUCCCUCACCUUGAAAUGCAUUGUUUUACGUUCGUUUACGUUUGUUUGCUUCAUUGUUAAAGUAGAGCUUACAAUUCUCAACGAUGACUUGCUGUGAAAUGCCCCUGCCUGGACAUUUGAGACUGGGGCAUUCACCUCAUCUUCAUCUUCAUCUUCAUGCAAGUGCUGAAGACAUUAGUGCAACAAUAAAAGAUUAAUAAAUGUGUGAAAAUAG